CCCGGAUCUGGGUGGGAGAAGCGGUCGGGGAAUCCCUGGAGAAGGAGGAGAAAGAGAAGGAGACUUAGUAGUCCCUGCCGGAGCCGCUCCCACUGCUUGGUUUCCAUCCGAAGAGGCGCGCCUUGCUUCUCUUCUUGCCAAGGCGCGCAUCCAAUCCGUCCCUUCUUUCCUGGAGCCUCCUCUUCCCUCGAGGAGCUUGUUGCUGCUCCUGAGCCCCGCCUGCCCUUCGUUAUCCCCCCGAGAAAGGCAAGAGGUGUGUGUGAGUGUGUCACACUGAGUGUGAUCCCAUCUUGAGGGGUCUGAAACUCUCCAGCAAGGAAAGUUGCGCCAAAGUUGUCUUUGGAGAGAUCUCUUUGGAGAGCUCCUAGGGGGACCUUGUUUGGAGACCCCUGAGGCUGUACUCACACCCCGCAGAGGACCCUUUCUCCGGAUUUGGGGGUCGGCAGAGUUGGGGGUCUCUCGGCCCAUGGAGAAAAUGAAAGCCCGGUCGCCCCUCCGAGCUGCCAACGCCAGCAGCUGCAACGGGUUUGGCGCGCCGGCGGAGAAGCUUCCCCAGCCCUCUCCGGCGCCGCCUCUCCCUCCUCUCCCUCCUGCUGCUGCUGCGGCUACUGCUGCUCUUCCGAGCCUGUCCGGGGCCAGCACGAAGAGGGCCCCGCCGGAGAGCUGGAAGGAGGAGCGGACCCGGAGCGAGGAGGACAACGAGCUGAACCUGCCCGGCCUGGCCGCCGCCUACGCCACCAUCCUGCGCGCCCUAGGCGAGGACCCCCAGCGCCAGGGACUCCUCAAGACCCCUUGGAGGGCCGCCACCGCUAUGCAGUUCUUCACCAAGGGAUACCAGGAGACCAUCGCAGAUGUACUCAACGAUGCCAUAUUUGAUGAAGACCACGACGAGAUGGUGAUUGUGAAGGACAUAGACAUGUUCUCCAUGUGUGAGCAUCAUCUGGUUCCAUUUGUCGGAAAGGUGCACAUCGGUUACCUGCCUAACAAACAGGUGCUUGGGCUCAGCAAACUGGCAAGGAUCGUGGAAAUAUAUAGCAGAAGAUUACAAGUUCAGGAGCGCCUCACGAAACAGAUUGCGGUGGCCAUCACAGAAGCCUUGCAGCCGGCUGGGGUCGGAGUGGUGAUCGAAGCCACGCACAUGUGCAUGGUGAUGCGCGGGGUUCAGAAAAUGAACAGUAAAACCGUGACCAGCACAAUGCUUGGAGUAUUUCGGGAAGAUCCAAAGACGCGGGAAGAGUUUUUGACGCUAAUCCGCAGCUAAAUCCGGCCGUUCAUGGACUCUCUCUCUCACUUUCUCUGGACUUGUCUCGUUUCGGUGUCGCUGUUGGCUCUUCUGAUUUAUUUUCCGUCUCAUUUAGAUCCACGAAGGGUUCCGUAUUGUGAGUCCCGUCGUUUGCUCAAAAAGGUCCCCAAUGUCAGAGGUUCCUGACAGUCUUGAAAAUGUCCUAUCGAUGGGUAUGGCUAUUUUUUCCAGGCAAACUCUCAAUGUGCGUACUUGUGUUUUUGUCUAUUUGGGCAGAAUAGAACUUUAUAAACAGAGCUGUUCAUGGCCAUCAAAGUACUUUGUGCCUAUGCUCCCCACGGAGAGAGAAAGAGAGGGAAACCCGUUUGUCCUCCAAGGGACCUCUGCACUACAGAAUUGAUGCUGUUUAAUACCACUUUAAUCACCAUUUCUGAAUGUGGAGCCCCCGGUGGCGCAGUGGGUUAAACCCCUGUGCCGGCAGGACUGAAGACUGACAGGUUGCACGUUCGAAUCCGGGGAGAGCGUGGAUGAGCUCCCUCUUUCAGCUCCAGCUCCUCAUGCGGGGACAUGAAAGAAGUCUCCCACAAGGAUGAUAAAACAUCAAAAAAUCCAGGUGUCCCCUGGGCAACGUACUUACAGAUGGCCAAUUCUCUCACACCAGAAGCGACUUGCAGUUUCUCAAGUCGCUCCUGAUACGACAAAAAAUUGCUGAAUACUGUGGAAUCAUGGAAGUUUUAGUUUUACAAUGUCCUUGGUGUAAUACCAAAGUUUUUUUGGGAACUGGAUGAGCCAAGGACCUGCUGUAAGUCAACCUAUUUUAAAUAUCCUUAUAUAUAUAGAAGUCUAGAAAGCGAUUUGGGAAAGAGUUUUGUUAUAUUUAUUUAUUUUGGGCAUUUCUGUCCCGUCCUUCUCACCUCCAAAGAAGAACUCAAGACAGUUUACAGCAGGCAGUCAUUAGAUGCCAAAAAACAAUACAUUAAAACACACAGUUACAAUUAACACAAUUAAAAUAAUUAUAAGCAUUAUAAGAAUUAUAACAGUUCGUUGGUUCAAAACAUAAUCCAGAUCAGUCCAUUGCAGUCCACUAAAACAUUCUUUGCUCAGUUGAUUCAUUUAUUGCACAAACACUUGAUUCCAAAGCCAGGAUUUGAAGUUUUUCUGAAAGGUCAUGAGGGAGGGGGCAGAUCUAAUAUCAUUGGGGAGAGAGUGCCACAGUCGAGGGGACACCACAGAGAAGGCCCUGUUUCACAUUCCUACUAGGCAUGACUGCAAAGGAGGUGGGACCGAGAGCAGGGCCUCCCGGUGUGAUCUUAACGUCUUUGGUGGUUCAUAGAGGUAGCUAUGUUCUGACAGGUAAACUGGGUCGAAACUAUUUAUGGCAUAGGAAUUCAUUCAUUUUAAUCCAGCCCUCCAACAGUUUGAGGGACUGUGAACUGGCCCUCUGUUUAAAAAGUUUGAGGACAUCAGAUAUUGACCUUUGGAGGCUUUUCAACAGAGGCUGGAUGGUCAUCUGUAGGGGGUGCUUUGAUUGUGUUUUCCCUUCAUGGCAGAAUGGGGUUGGACUGGAUGGCCUUUGGGGGCUCUUCCAACUUUGUGAUUCUAUAAACUGGAGGGAUUCCCAAUCAGCAUUUCAAGCAGAUCUGUAAAUAAACAAAUCCAUAAAAGUCAGUUCUUGUGGGGUUUUUUGGGCUAUAUGGCCAUGUUCUAGAGGCAUUUCUCCUGACGUUUCGCCUGCAUCUA